GCAUCUCCAUUCCCCAUCCUCCAUUCUUUCUCCAUCUCUUACCUUUUCUCCUCUAAACCCAAUAACAUUCUCCCCUUGUUUUUAGAUUGUUGUGGUUAGUAGAUCUAGGUUCAAAGAUGAUUCAAGAACUCUUGGGAGCUACUGGUCUUAUCAAUGGAGGACUAGAUCAUCACAGGCACAAGAUAUCCUUUAAUCCUACCAUUUUAGAAGCCGCUCUUUCCCCUUCUUCUUCUCCUUCUCCCUCUUCUUCUUCUUCUUCUUCUUCUUCUUCUUCUUCCUCUGGAGCUACAACAACAGUUACCACUGUAAAUAAUAGUUGCAGUACUACUACUACUUCUGUUACUACUAAUUCUAAUUCCACAACCUCCGAAAACCAAAACUUGAGGUGCCCCAGAUGUGAUUCUUCAAACACCAAGUUCUGCUACUACAACAACUAUAAUCUCACUCAGCCUCGCCAUUUCUGCAAAACUUGUCGUCGUUACUGGACUAAAGGAGGCGCCUUGAGAAAUGUUCCCAUUGGAGGUGGAUGCAGGAAGAACAAGAACACCACUUUAUCAACUUCCAUUACAAAAUCAAAUGCAGCUGCCAAGUUAAAAUCCGUGGUUUCUGAGAUUGGAAGAUCAGGCGGUCUUGCAAAUGGGUUCGAUCACGAUCAGCUUCCAUCAACUCCUUUUCUAUGGACCGCCUCACCACACAAUUCCCAUCUUCUAGCCUUGCUUAGACAACCUCAAAACCCUAAUACUACUACAUUAUUAUCCAACCAAGUUAGCAGUGUGAAGGAGGAGGUGGGUUUUAUUGGAUCACAUUCACCCAUGAUAAGUACUGAACCAGCUGCUGCUGUGCUAAGUUCUCGAGCCUUGGGUGUUGACCCACUUAGCCAGGUUCCUUCUCUAGGUCUUUCCAGCUCCUUGUGGAAGAACCCUAGUCAAAAUCAGACCCAACAAAACGGGUUUUUAUCUGGGGAAGAACAGACCAGUAGUGGGAUUCAAGAACUGUAUCAGAGGCUCAGAUCAUCAGCAAGUACUUACUACAACGAUAAUUCAGCAGCGGUUCAUCUCAGCAAUAUGGCUUGUUCUUCAUCUUCAACUUCGUCUUCUUCAUCAUCAUACACAUUGGAGUCAGCUCCAAUGGCUCCAACUGAACUGGGUUACACCUGGAACAAUCCUGCCUUUUCUUGGGCUGAUCUUUCAACAACUAAUGGUGCAUAUCCAUUAUAGGAGGAGCCUUCAAUUUGCCUUUUUCCACUUUAUUCUAGUAUGAUUUUAGUAUUUCAUUACGUUCAUAUGCUAAUCUUGAGUUUUUUUUUUUUUUUAGAAUUUUUUUUUUUUUGACAUUUCCAUUGUGGGUAUGUAGGGGUCUGGUAUAUGAACAUGGCUGUAGGUUAAUUCAAGUUUUCUAUUUUUUUUUUUUUUUUUUUUUUUGUUUUUCUAAUGUGUGAUUUAAGGUGUGUUACCUAAAGAUAAUGUAUCAAAGGUCCGAGAUUAGUUGGUGAA